CUGUCUUUGUGAUUACGUCGACUAUGCGUCGCUCUCUCGAUUGGUCCUCCGUUAUCUCUGUCUUAGUGAGGAGGAAGACUUGGUCUCGUUUGUUUUGAAAACCGUGAUCCUUUUUCAUUCGGGGGUGAUUAAACGAGCGCCAUGAUUCGGUGAGAUGUACAAAGGAGACCUCGUACACUUAUAUUUGUAACAUAGGAAUUUAUUAAAUAGUUUGCUUGUAAAGCGCUGAUGCGAAGUACUGGCAAUGGGAUUCGAAGAACAUUAUAAUCAUCUCUAGGUUAAAAAGACAAGCUCGCAUUGCGGCUGAACUGCUUUCAUCUUCAAGUAAUCACUUGACUACAAUAAGUGUGAUUAUAGGAGGAUGCUUAAGAACUGCCAAAACCUAGACUCGUGGAGGAAAAGAAUUUAGUUACAAAUAUCAACUUGAAUAAAAUCAAGUAAUAUUGUAGUAUGUUGUCGAGGACUCUUCUUCGAUGCCUAAUCGAUAAUAGAUGAUUCCCAUUGGGCUCCCCAUUGGUCGUGUCUCAACGGCCUUGCGGCGAAGUGGGUGCAGCGAGAGGGUGAGAGACACACUGAGAGACACAGGGACACAGAGAAAGAGAGGGCGAAGAGUACGGAUUGCCAGACAUACCAGCAUGACCACGACGGUUAGCUUGCAAGCGGCAUUCACUAUUUUCCCUCUCUUCCAUUGUCUUGUUACAGGUUUCCGUAUUACGGAGGUGGAGGUGCCGAGAUAUCUGGUAGUUGGGAAGAAAGCCACACUCCGCUGCCACUUCGCUCUCGAUGGCGAAGUGCUCUAUUCCCUCAAGUGGUGGAAAGACGGCAAACAGUUUUAUCAGUAUAUUCCGGACAACAAGCCUCCAUCCGUUGUGUUCACAGUGCCAGGAAUUACAGUGAAUCCUGCGCGAUCAGGUCUAGACGAGGUGGAGCUGAUGGAUGUUCAGAGCUCCUCAAGUGGACAGUAUAGGUGCGAAAUCGUCGGCGAAGGGCCAACAUUUAUGACACAUGUCAUGUCCGCUAACAUGACGAUUGUAGAUGCUCCAGACAGCAGGCCUACAAUACGGGGUUUGGAGUCAACGUAUCGCGAAGGAGAGACGAUCGCCCUCAACUGCACCUCCCCGCGGUCAAACCCACCGGCAAAGCUGUCGUGGACAAUAGACGGGCAUGAUAUCGCCGAAGAUCACUUAGUGCGGUACCCCUCGACAGCAGAAGGCGAGCCACCACUUCACACAACCACCCUGGGCCUAAUAUUGACAGCCCGUGCCAAUAUCUUCACACAGGACAGACUGCAGCUCAGAUGCAGUGCAACAGUGCAUGAAUACGAAUGGGUCACUGACGUCUCCAUUCACCUGGAUAAUGUUACCUAUAGCCAGCCGCACCAUCUACCCACACUGCAACAAACGGAUGGAGCCGCUACACCUCCCGUCUUUUCCUCGUUAAUAUUAGCGAUGAUAUCUUCCAUCAGUUUUUAUUGGUGUAGACAGAGCUAAUGUAAUCUGAUUAGAGCGUAACUGAGUAUUUUAUAUCCUAUUGUGCUGUCAGCAGGUUUGAUAACAAUAUUUCCACUUAUUGUCAGUCAGUACACCCCCUUCGUGAGGGGUAUACAUCUGUACACUCGCUGUGAUUACUAUAUAGUCUAUGGUACAUAGAGUUUAUAUUUCCCUCACCCACUCCCAUAAAUAAUAACCCUUCCCCAAGAGCGAUUCCAACCGACCUCCCCGCCCCCCUGAGUGUCAAACAAAUUUAUCAAAACAUAUUUACAGAUUGAUGUGUCACUUGAUAUGAAAAAAAUAAAAGUUCUAAUGUUUUCCACAUCACUAAAAAUAAUGCCAACAACAGAACACGGAUUUCUUAUAUACAUAUGUAUGUAUGCAUAUAUGUGUAUAUAUAUUUUUAUGUAUGUAUGUAGGUAUUUGUAUAUUUAUGUAUGUAUAUGCAUACAUAUAUUGUAUAUAUGCAUGUGUGAGUGCGUGUAUAUAUAUGUAUAUAUAUGGACAUGGCGGAAAUUGUACUUGUAUUUUCACAUGACUACACAUCCACCUUUACACUGUAAUAUAGUAGAUAUUAUCUUUAUUAUUGUCGGUGUUUGAAUAACUUUCACUCAAAGGAGAAAAAUAAAAAAUCACAUUCCCUCAGUGUUUUAUCGGAAACUUAGCUCCAAGAAUGAUGAACAGGAAGAUAGGUAUCAUAUCAAGAUACAUAUUCAUUAAAAUAAACUAGGUGGCAAGGAAUAUAUCGACGUAAAUAAACAUUUCCUUAUGUUUAUUUAAAGGUUCAGUUAAAAUUUUUUUAAGUAUCUCACGCCUCUGGGCUAGUGUAUAUUUGUUCUGUACUUGAACAUGAAAUGACAUAAAAUUAAGUUGGCUGCACACAUGAAUACAUACAUACAUAUACAUACAUACAUACAUUUUUAUGUGUGCUCACUCAUGCAUUAUGAUGUUAAGGGAAACAAUCUAAAUAUUUUUUUUUCUUAUUUUCGCUCUUUUCAUAUAUAAGAUUACUUUAACAACACUGGCAGCUGCCGGACCUCUUUUAAGAAACAAAAGACGGCAAACUUUUGCGCCUCCAUUUGUUGCCUCCUGCUGAUUGAGGCUAAAAUCCUUUGUUUCAAAUAUUCCAUAAAACUAAGAAUACACAUAAGCAGUUUGCAACCUCCAUGUGCUUAAAAAAUCACAUUAGAUGCACGUGACUUCAUGAUAUAAGCGAAUAGCACAGGAAAAAUAAAAGGCAGAAAGAAAAUCGUACCGAGCUCUUUCGUCUUUUAAUGAGCCAAGUGCUCGGUACGAAUUUCUUCCUAUUAUUUUUUCUGUGGUAUUCG